AGCGAUAGCAGGGAUUUGGAAUGUAACUGAGCCGGCUUGGGGAAGCCACUCAAGACGCCUUUUAAUUCGUACAAAAUUCAAAGUUAAGAACCAUGGUGAUCGGCAGGUUCCCAGUGGGAAAACUUUUAGUUUUUGGCAUGAAACGGGUUAGCAAGCCGUUUGGCGAUCUCCUGAUGUGGAUGGGCAAGCACCAUCCCUUCAUCCGGAACUACGUCAUCAUUCCGCCAGCCCAGCUCUACAAUACCUUCGAGGUGCGUUCCAAGCUGAGGAUGCUUCGUCUGAAACAGCCCAGGCGGAUUCCACGUCUCACGCCUCCAAUUGCCACCAGGUUGGGCGCGGAUAUGCUGAGCGAGGCUUUUGUUUUCUCCAUUGGUCUCGGUCUUCUAUACUACGAGAUUUCUAAAACUUAUACUAAAAAUCAAAAGCAAGACCAGGAAAUUGAGGAUCAGAAAAGAGCUCUAGAUGAAUGUGUUGACUGUAUCAGUAAGGAUGUGGAGCGGCAGCAAAAGGAUAUCAACUGGAUUAGGGCAGCCCUGAAUGUAUGAAAAAUAAGGCAGUUUUUAUUAACUUUGUAACGAAUGUAAAAAAUCAAAUAUCCCCAUGGAUAAUAUGGAUGUGUCUUGGCAAGAAAUAAAAAUAUUACAUAGUCUUUCCAUCUUAA